AUGUCAUACACCAAAUCAGACUAUAGUCGUAGCCCAAGAGUGUUUGAUGGAGAAUCGGCAUCGGAGAGCUUGAUCGUAGGGCUUGAUAGUGCCGAUUUCGAGGAGACUGAGGGAGGAGAAGUGCCGGAGGUGUCCACCUAUACGGAGAGCACUUCAAGUGUGGAAGUAGUGGGGGCGGACGGCGCCCACCCAUCGACAUCUGGUCGUCGAAUGGAAGAGGCCGAGGCAGAUAUGUCUUUUGUCGAUCCUAGGGAAGGCGUGCUGACGGUGGUCGCCGACCAACAAAGGAUACCGAUGGCAAAGCCAAAGGACCUUGUGUUCGGGGUGGACCACCUAAAGCCGAACGUCUUGACCAAGGCGGAGGUGGCGAAGAUCCCGGCCUCGUACAACAUUCCGGAAUCGGUAAAGAUGCGGAUCCCAAGGUCGUUGGAAUCGCUGAGUAAUCCGAAGGGGGAGGUUGCCUUCUUCACGAAUGUCUUCAAGCACGGGCUUAGGUUGCCGCUGAGACAUUCGGUAUAG